GGGGAAAGGCCGUUUUAUUCGCGUGUAAUCUGAUAAACUGGAUAUAAAGCUGAAUGAAGGAGGCAAUCAAACUCGGUAUGAGUCAUUAUUUGACUGUGAAUUAUUCUUAGGCGCUGUCACAUAGGACUGCACGGCUUGGUAAUGUCGCGAUGUCAUCGACCAGAACCAUAUAGAUGAUGUUGAGUUGAGCUUACAAAUUCCAGAGAAAAUAUGUGAAAAAAGAAUUCGGCAGCUGAUAACUCUUGGAAUACAGAAAAUAUUCAAUUGAGCUGGAAAUGCUUCACAUUGAAUAUAAAAUGGCCUGGUUGUCCUCUACCGAAAUCAAUCUGUACGGAUACAAACACAGAACAACAGUUCCGAUCUCAAUCUCCAGUUUCUCAACAAUACUCACCUCUAAUUCAAGUUAACAAAUCAAAUGAACAUGACAACAUCUCGCAACGUGACCGCCUUUGGCGUCGGCAACAUGGGAGCCGCCUUAGCUCACGCCCUGCUCAAAGCCGACACCAAAGUCACAAUCUGGAACCGGACUGUUGACCGACCACAAGUCCAGUCCGUAUUGAAGGCUGGUGCAACUCUCGAGGCGGAUGUCAAGGCUGCCAUUUCCGGAAGCAGCGAUAUCCUACUCUUCUGUCUUAUCGACUAUGAUGCCAUGUACAAGACACUUGAGCCCAUCAAGGGAACUAGCGAUGGCCUUGCCGGCAAAACAAUCGUCAAUGUUACCAAUGGUACACCUCAACAAGCGCUUGAAAUGAGAGACUGGAUCAAAGCUCGCGGUGCAGCACGCUACUUUGACGGCGCAGUGCUGGUUACGCCCCAGAUGGUUGCGACGCCACAAUCCCUUCUGGUCUACAGUGGCGAAUCCCAGGAGACCUUUGACAACAUCAAGACAAUCCUACAGCCUCUAGGAACUCCUCUAUACUACGGGCCACAGGUUGACGCGGCAGCAGCGCAGGACCUUGCGAUGCUGGCAACCAUGUAUGGCAUGUUCUAUGGCGCCUUUGUCGGCUUCGGCAUCUUGAAGCGAUCCGGCCAAGGCCAAGAUGUUAAAGUUGCUCCAGGAACUAAACAAAUCACCAUACCCGUUAUGGCGGCCCUGACAGAAUACUUGGGCCUACUUGCGGAUGUGAUUGACUCGGAGGACUGGGCUUCCAAUGGCGGCAACCCUCUGCUCAUGCAGGUGGCAGGUGUAGCUAACAUUAUUCAGGCUGCAAAGGAUGCCAAUGUCAAUGCUUCGGGUCUGGAAGUACUCGCUGAAGCAAUGGGUAAGGCAGUGGAAGAUGGUUGGGCGGACGGAAACGUGGCUGCGGCUGCCAAGUUCAUUUAAAUCAGACAGCCCGGUCGGACGCAAUGAAUAAUAGGC